AACAGGUUGAGUUGAACAAUAUAACACCUAUGAAUCCAAAAGACAAAAUACCUCUGAACUCAAAUUUAACACCUUUGAACCUAGUAGAUGAAAUACCUCUGAACUCAAAUAUAACAUCUUUGAACCUAAAAGAUGGAACUCCGAACCCAGAAAAUGAAGUUAUAAACCUUUGUGUUAGUUGUGUCUUUGAAUCAUGGGAAAGUGUUGACACUAUUAUGGAAGCUUAUGGUAAAAAAUAUGGAUUUGUGAUUAUAAAGAAACGGUUAAUUCAUCAUGAAAAUGGCAGUAUUAAGCAUCGUAGUUUUGGAUGUGAAUUUGUCCUUACCACUUUUAAUAAUUCGCAUAACUACACGCUAUUUCCUAAUACUGAAGAGUACUCAACAAAAUAUCAGUGUGUAUUUGAUAAUGACGUUCUCAAAGAAAUCCAAUUCCUUAUAGAACAUGGAAAUCUAUCAAUUACUAUUCAACGAAAGUUAUUAAAAGCAAAGUUCCUGACUCUAUAUAUUUUCGAUUAUGAUCUCGUUAAUGCAAUACAAAAAUAUAAGUUUAAAGCAAAAGUAAUAUAUGAUGUAUCUUGUUUAUUAAAAAAACUCAUUCAACAUUAG